AUGGACAACUCUGAUUUUGACGGCACGAAGUACCUCGGCGACAUGUUCAAUGUCUGCGCCUCAAACCAAGACGGAACGGUUCCAACCCCACAAGAGGUCGAAGCUCGAUGGCGUUGGUUUGUCGGCGGUGUAAUCAACGUUGGAGACUCGCUAGUCGAUGCACAAGUCAUGCAGACUACCCCGCUUCUCGCUCACCUACGCAAGGCACUCGACAAGACUGAGGCAGGACAAGCCUCCGCCCCUGACGGCCCUCGCAGAUCAAAGCGCCAGAAAACAAGCAAGAAAGGUGAGGACACCCUGGACGAAGAUGACGUGCUGCUCCUAGCCGAAGCCGAGCUAGAUGGCGGCGGCAGCGACAAGGACAAGACCGACAAGGACAAGACCGACAAGGACAAGACCAACGACGGAGACGCCAACAAAGACAAAGCUGUCAAGCCCGUCGAUGCCCCAGCAGCACAGAAGGAGAGAGGCAAAAACAAAUGUCUCCUUGAGAAGACCAAGGUCUUCAGCGUCAUCCCCUCUGGCCUCGACUCAGACUGGCCUACCAAGGUCGCUAUUUACAUGAGAUCGAUGGGAGACGAUCCAUGUACAAAAGCCUCGGAAGCCCUACAGCGCAUCUUAAUCACCGCAUUCUCCUUGGAUGGCGUCCAAAACGCCUCUGCUUUGGCCAGAUCUCUACGCGAGUCGCAGGAUGUGGUCUCGACCAUCUUACGUGGUCGCGAUCACAAUAACAACAAGAUCAGCUCUCCCCACCAAGUUCUGGGUCACGCAAUUCAACAUCUCCUUAUCGCAGAUGUGAACACAACUUUCGCUAAGGCUCAGUUGCUCAGCGAGCACCACAAUACCGCCCACCUCCUUGCUACGCAGAUUGAGGCACUGCACAACAAGGACGAGUUGCUGUAUCCUCUUUACGAGGCUGCAUACACGUCUUCCCUUGGAAGAAAAGAUUCGCUGGCUUCUUUCCGGGCUUUCUUGGUCAACAACGCCAUCGAGCACAUGUACGGAGCCUCCGACACAUCUAAUGCGAUCGUUGAGAAAUCACUUCGUAUCGGCGAGGUUCUCUUUUGGUUGCAGCGCGCCUUCGGCACUGGUGUUUUUGCUCUCCUUGUUGGAGUUGAUUGGAAAAAGCUAGCCUACGAGGCUUGGAACGAGAGAGUCCCUGGCAUCCUCGAACACGCCGCCAAAGUCAGCCCUUCUCUCCGUCAGGUCUGCAAGCUUGCUGAGGAGAACGUGUGGUCGCAUCUAACCAACGGCAACGGUGUGACUAUGCCACGCAACCUCAAGUAUGACAUCCUCACCAACAAGGAGUACUGGGCUACUGGUUUGGCUUUUGCCUUAAGACCCGAGGAUGUCGAGCAGAUAUCCAAGCGUUGCCAAUACAUCAUUGCACACAUUGCCGGAAUCAUGACCAAUGUGGCAUCGAUGCAUAAGUCAAAGAAGGGAGCUCUUAGUCAAAAGGUCCCAGAACUACUUUGGGAAGCUUCUAAGAUACCUCUUUCUCAAGCAACGUCAGCAAAGCGAAAGAAACCUCACGUCGAUACUCCCAAGGCCAAAAAGGUCAAGUCUUCCAACCUUGUUACACCGGAGCAUACUAUGUAUGCGACCCCAAAUGGCUUAACCACCGUUCCUCAGACUCCGCCUCCAACCACAACUAUUACUUCUCCAACUCUACCUCCAGCCACAACAACUGUCACUUCUCCAACUCCCGUCCGAAAGCAGCUUCCACUUCUUAUCCCACUAAGUCCUUCCCGUCAAGGCAGUGACUGGAGAACUAUCUGGCAAGAUAUUAUCUCGAAGGUCCCCGACAAUCCGAAAACCAACAGCCCCCCAACAUGGCCUUCUCAACUGACAAGCAUACUGGAUCACAUCUGGGGCCCAGCCGGCAUCAACAGCACCCUCGAUAUGGCCAUGUCUAUUACAAAGAACUUUGGCAUGUAUUGUAUUGACGCGGACUUCUCCAUCAUCAAUACUCAAUCGCCUGUUCGUGAACUUGAGCAGCGCUUCAAGCGUAUCUGGCUGCUCUCAAAGGACAAUUCUGUCCACGUUUCCGAAGCGAUCCUUGAAUACAAGCACCUGGCAGAUGCCUUUGUCAGCUUGGAGCAAGAAACCCACAACAAAUCAACACAACUAGGGCAGUUGUGGGAAGAAAGGGAGCACAAACCAAAGCUUGAGACAUCUGAGCAAGCAAGAUCGAACUUUGUGAUGAAGCAGGUGAUGAAGUCCAUGCAUCCAGAAGAGAUGACCAAAGAUGAAGAGAAACGGGAAAAGGCAAAACUGCAAAAGGAGCGUACCUAUGCAUUCAACAUGGCUAUGUUUAUUCGACUUUUUGGUUGGGGUGUUGUGCCUUUGUUGGCUAAUGCUCCUUGGAGGCAACCUCUUGGUAACGUACCAGCAUCGACGCUGUGGCCGUAUCUCUCGAGGCUAGCCGAACUCGUGCCAAUCCUUCGCGUGAUUUGCGAGCGUCUUGAUGAGAACUUCUUCCAGUUCAUCAGAAAGCCUGGAGCUAUCAAGAAUCUCCCAGCACAGUGCCUUCAGGGCAUGACUAUCGAGAAGAGAUUGCGGACACAGAAAACAAUGUCGUACUUGCUGGCUCGCGCUGGACAGUGUGAGGAGCCUGGCAGUCUAGCUUUGCUCACCAAUCAGAGAAACACGCUCGAAGGGGGUGAACAAGUCGAGAGGUCAAAUAUGGAAGGAGGAAAAGAGAAGACAACCACGAGCUCUCCUCAGUUGGACUUCAUUGAAUGA